AUGGAUUUUCUCAAAGAGUUUUUUGAUUUCAAGCCUCCAAAAGAUAACAAGAUAUGUGGUAUAUGUAAAUCUUGUGGUAAAACUUAUGUGGAUAAAUUUGGUUCAACAGGAAAUUUUCAUAAACAUCUCAAACGUGCACAUGAUGAUGAAUACAAAAAAGCCAAAUUUCCAAAUUAUACUAAACCCACCGAAGAUACAGGUGAUGUUGCGGAAAAUUCGACAAACAACAACGAUAAAAUUAAUCAAACUAUUCUCGAAGAAUUAAUUGUGAAGUGCAAUUUGCCUUUAUCAAUAGCUGAAUCUCGUGGCUUUAGAAACUUUAUGAGAAUACUUGCUCCAAAAUGGAAAAAUACGUCGUCUCGUUACUAUACCAAAGUAUUAAUACCGUCUUUGAUGAAGAAUAUAGAAGACAAAAUAAAAAAUUUGCUCCAUGAUGUCAAACAUUUAACAAUUACCAUUGAUCUUUGGACAGAUAGGCGGGGAAGAUCUUUUGUUGGUGUUACAGGUCAUUUUCUUGAUUCGCGCAGUGUUCCACAAGCUCUUCUUUUGGAUUUUUUACGCUUCAAAGGUGCACAUACUGCGGAGAAUAUCCAUAAUAUCACGGAACAAAUACUGGACAAAUUGGAGAUCAAGGAUAAAGUGUUUCGUAUUGUGACAGACAACGCUGCUAACAUGAUAAAAGCAUAUAAAUUUGGUUUGAAUGUGGUGGAAAAUCAUGGACAUGUUUUACAAGAUGAUAGUGAUCAACAGCAAGAUGAUAGUUCAUUCGAUUUUAUCACUGAUGAUCUUAUGACGUCAAAUGAAUGGACUUUAAUUGAUUGGUGUGAUAGUGGCAAAGAUUCCGUUGACAUAGAUACUGACUGCCCAAUACGUGUAUCCUGUUUUGCACACUCGCUCCAAUUAUCUAUUCGAGACGGACUGAAAAAUUCUCCUUUCCUAUCGAAGUCAUUAGCAAAAUGCAUCAAGUUGGCUCGACGAUCUCAUAAGUCAACCAAAGUAGCGGAACUUCUUGAGGAUGUUGGAAAGACAAUAAAACGAUCAAAUAUGACAAGGUGGAGUUCUGAAUACUCGUUGAUCAAAUCAAUUAUAGCUUUAGGGAAAAAAACUAUUGAUGAAAUUACGGAUGUUAUCGAUAGUAGUGACUUUAAAUUCAAUAGUAAUGAUUUUAUUGUAUUGCAAGAAGCAAUAGACAUUUUAGAACCGUUUGCUGAAAUAACCAGCCGUGUUCAAUCCGAAUCAAUUGUUACUGCUAGUCUUGUGGUUCCAUCAAUUGUUCAUAUUAUCGAUCAUCUGAAGAAUAUAAAACCAAAUAUUCAAUUUUUGAAAAAAAUGUGCACUCAACUUGAGACUUCUGUCCAUACAAGAUUUGCUGGUAUCACGAAACGAUUAACACAGCAAAUAGUUUCUACGGACGAUCCUUUUUCGGAUCCACUUUACUUUGUUUCUGCUGUUUUGGAUCCUGAAUUUAAGUUUUAUUGGCUCGGUCAGAUGGAUUACAAGCCAGCGGUAGAAACACAGAUGAAACAAUUACUGAUUCAAUUGAUAUUAAAUGAAUGCGAUACAAAUGAUAACAUAUCGUUUGAUGAUACACAAGGUUCACAGUUGUCACCAUCAAAAUACAUUUCAAAUAGUUAUACAACACAAGCAGUUGAUACAUCAAUCAUUAAAAAGCGAAAGUUAUUCCAAUACGAUGAUCAUCACGGCCUCUCACCCGAAUCAAAAGUGAAUCCUUUGAGCGAAAUUAAUGCAUAUAUAAAUGAUCCAGUACGAUCCAAAUUUUCGUCAUACUGGAAUAGGUCGCAAUUACAUUCGUUAAAAGUUGUGGUUGAACGAAUAUUUUCUGUGCAAGCAUCUUCAGCACCUAUUGAAAGAGUUUUCAGCCAAGCAGGUAUUGUUAUGUCUCCAAGACGAACAUCGAUGCAAGAAGAAGUUUUUAGAAGUUUAGUCUUUUUACGUGUGAAUCAAGACUUCAUCUAA